UCAUACACCGGCGCCUGGUGGAGUGGCAUUAUUAACACAAACAUAAGACGGCGCAUGCAUAUACACACAUACACACACACACACACACACACACACACACGCAGCCACCCUGAAAGAUGUCUGGGACGUUUGCGACCUUGCAGUCCGCAAAAAUGAAAAAGGACGAAUCUUUCCUCGGGAAAUUAGGAGGAACCCUGGUGCGGAAGAAAAAGUCUAAAGAAGUGAGUGAUCUCCACGAGGAGGGUAAGAAUGCCAUCAACGCUCCCAUGCUCCCCACAGGGAUGGACAUCCAUCCAGAGGACACACUGCUGGAGGAGAACGCUGAGAGGAUCAUGUUGGAUCCAACAUCACGGGAAAAUCUUAAAUUUAAAGAUCUUCUGAAGGUCCUGAUUGACUGGAUCAACAGUGAGUUGGAAGAAGAGAGAAUCAUAGUCAAAAACCUGGAGGAGGACUGUUACGAUGGUCAAGUGCUCCAGAAGUUAUUUGAAAAGUUGGCGGGUAGGAAGCUGAACGUGGCUGAGGUCACCCAGUCAGAGAUCGGCCAGAAGCAGAAGCUUCAGACGGUUUUGGAGGCCGUUAACGAACUGCUGAGACCUCAUGGUUGGACCAUCGAGUGGAGUGUAGACUCUAUCCAUUCAAAGAACUUGGUGGCUAUUGUCUAUCUGCUGGUGGCUCUCGCUAUGCACUUCCAGGCCCCCAUCAGACUCCCAGAGCACGUCUCGGUACAGGUGGUGGUGGUCAAGAAGCGGGAGGGCAUCCUACAGACUGCUCUAGUGACCAAAGAGCUGACGAGCACCACAGAAAUGAUGAUGGGGAGAUUUGAGAGGGAUGCGUUUGACACUUUGCUGGAUCACGCACCUGACAAGCUCAACGUGGUGAAAACGUCGCUCAUCACUUUUGUGAACAAACACCUGAACAAGCUGAACCUGGAAGUGACUGAGCUGGAAUCUCAGUUCGCUGAUGGAGUGUACCUGAUAUUGCUGAUGGGGCUGCUUGAAGACUACUUUGUCCCUCUGUACAACUUCUUCCUCACCCCUGAGAGCUUUGAGCAGAAGGUCCACAAUGUGGCGUUUGCCUUUGAGCUGAUGCAGGAUGGAGGCCUGAAGAAACCCAAAGCCAGGCCAGAAGAUGUUGUCAACCUGAACCUCAAGUCCACCCUCAGAGUUCUCUACAACCUUUUCACCAACUACAAAAACUCAGAGUGAACUUUUCCAGUUUCAUCCUCGGAUAUCACUCUGAUAUCCUGUGCCUGUGCGGAUAUUAUGCUUUACAGUCUGGACACUGGAGGAGACCAACUGGGACUGAAAGUCAUUACGUGGGACUUAAAAAAAGACCCAGAGGGAGUAGCCUGAAAAAGGCUCUGAAUGUUAGUGUUUAAUCUUCCCUAAAUGUCAGUAUUUAUUUAUUCCUUUCUUGAAUGUUAAAGUCAGGAAACGCUGCAACCUUUAUCCCUGCAUUUGAAUACACAGCCAUCACAGGAAAAAUGUAUGAGAGCAGAAAUCUUAAAACUGGAAAACAUUUGUGUCAAACUCAGUUGCUUAUCCUCCAGAUUAUUUAAGAAAGUUGAAAAUGCUGUUACAUAUUAUAUAGCAUCAAAAACACCUUGUAUAAAUAUUAAAAGAAUAGUUUGACAUUAUGGGAAAUAUGCUUAUGCACUUUAUUGCCGAGGGGCUUAUCAAUACAACCAGCAGUCAGUUAUCUUACUUAGCUACUACCAUUAAUCUGGCUCUGUUCCAAGGUAACAAAACCUUCCUAACACGCUAUAUCUCAUUUGUUUAAUUUAUAUAAUUUAUAUUUAUACAAAUAGUUUGACAGUUUGGGAAAUACACAUAUUUGCAUUCUUGCUGGGAGGACUGAUACCACUCAUGUUGAUAUGGCAGAUAUAAGCUAUAGUUUGUUAGCUUAGCUUAGCACAAAGACUGGAAGCAGGGAAACAGCAAAUGUGGCUCUGUUCAAAGGUAGCAAAAGUUCACUUAUCUACCAAACUAGUAUAAAAAUAGUGAAAUAGUAUAAAAAAAUGCUGGUUUAUGAAAAUGAUGAGUAGCAGUGUUCGGUUGGAUCACUGGACAAUUUAACUCUCAGCACCAAAGUAGUUAAGCAUAUUUCUCAAAAUGGUGAACUAUUCCUUUAAAAAACUUGAAUAUGUUGUGUAUUAUAUAUUAUAUAUUAUCUAGUACCUGAAAAUGCUUUGGAUAUUGCUACUAUAGGUAGCUAAAUAUACUAUAAUCAUUUUUCUUAACAGCUGAAGGAACUGUGAACGGUUCUUGUUUACUCUGAACUAUGCACUCCACCUCUCAAGCCAUAUUUAAAAGCUGAUUCUGUUGCCUUCUGCCUUAAGUGCAGUGUGCUCUUGCCAUCCCUGGAGUGCAACAGCCAGAGUAUCUUCGUAUUGACCAGCCUUUCAGACAUGUCCCUGAGGAGGCCUGGACCCACAGUGCCACCUGGAGACCUGCUAAGAUGUGCAUGCAUUUUAGAGCCAGGCUGAAUUAUUGAGAGAUUGGAUGAGUCAAUCUAGACUGCGCUCGCACUGGAUGGCUCACCCCUGUGCGUUUUUUUUUUUAUCUUGCCUAUCAAGAAAUAAAUG